AUGUCUCUGUCUAUUGAGCCGGAAAAAAAACGUAUUCGAUCGGAUGAUGGUGAUCAAGUUGAGGAAGAAGAAAAGGAAGCUGUAAAAGAAUUACCAAAAGGAUGGGAGAAACGAAUGAGUCGUUCAAAUAACCGAUUUUAUUAUUUCAAUGUAUACACUGGUCGUAGUCAAUGGGAACGUCCCACAAAACCAGCUGAUCCAGCACAAGCAAGCUUAAAUGAGGUACAUUGCGCACAUUUACUAGUAAAACAUAGUGGUUCGAGGCGUCCUUCAUCGUGGCGCUCAGAUGUUAUUACACGUUCAAAAGAAGAUGCAAGGAAAAUUUUGGCUGGCUAUAGAAAGCAAAUUGAGGAGGCAUCUGAUAAAAAAUCAAAAUUGAGAGAUUUAGCAAAGGAAUUUAGCGAUUGUUCGUCAGCAAAACGAGGUGGUGAUUUGGGAUUUUUUAAACGACGACAAAUGCAGAAAUCUUUUGAAGAUGCCGCUUUUGCUCUUGGAGUUGGACAAUUGAGCGAUAUAGUUGACACUGAUUCUGGCUUACAUCUUAUUUAUCGAAUUGCGUGA